AUGAAAAAUAAGAUUGUUUCACUGUUCAUCAAAAGAGAACAUUUAAUUCUCAUGUCUAAGAUGUAACUCAAUGAUUAAAAUGAGCUAAUUUUGGAAAUAGACUAAGGCAAUUAGAAGGUUGAAAAUGGGAUUUUAAAAACGGAGAGAUGGCCUUAAUCAGAUCUAGAUUAUUUCUAGAAUUCUUUCGUGUAAAUAGUAAAUUUGACAUUUGCCUAUUAUAAAAUGUAUUUUCCUGUUAAUUCAGCUUUGCAAAUUCGAGAUCACUUGAAGUUUACUCAAAGCUUAAAGUAAAUUAAUUUUGGGGGAAUAACACUCGAAGAAGUCUUUAAAUAAUAAAGGUUACGAUUAGUCACCUCUCUCUCUACUCGACUCUCUGAAGAACCUCUGUAGCCAAAAUUAUUCAAUUGCAAACUUGACUUUGAUUACAUUUCACUUUUACAAUCAAAGUAUUUCAACCAGAGAAACCCUGAUUAUCAACAACCUUACCAGAUUCUCAAUCUCAAGCAUUUUGAAAUGAAAAUGAACACCAGACCUUUCAGAGAAAUUUCGAUUUCUUCAAUACAUGAUGUUCCCUAAUUUCAAUUGAUCAAUCCCCAAUUAAUACAACCAAUAAUCAAUUAUGAUACCUUAUCCAGUACUUUUGAAUAUAAGUUUAAUAAAUUAAUGCAGCGAAAUCUAUCAAUUUAAUAAACAAUCAAAACAUACUAUUAAGAUGUAUAAUUAUUUGAAGAAAACUAUGAUCAAAACAAUACUUUGAAAAACUUAUUUAAAUUAUAAAUCCAAAAACUAAGAGAAUGUAAUUUCUAAGAAAAUUAGACGAAAACAAUCAAACAAUAAAAACUACCUCCAAAUUUAAGUUAGAUAAACAUAGAGAGUGAUAAAAUUAGCUUGCUGAAUAGUUUAAAUUCUAAUGAUAGUGAGAGGAAUAAGUCAUUUUAAUAAUAAUUAAAGAGACUCAACAAAAAUGAUUCUUUUUGUGAACAUGAGAAAUUAAGGGCUGCAGAUAGAUAGUAGAAAUUAAAAAAUAGAAUUAGAAAUCUAAAUACUCUCAUCUACAAUUAAGUGAAUGACAUUAGAAAAACUGAAAUUAUUCCUGAAUAACAGGAUGAUUCACAUAAUUUUAAACACUCUAAAUCAAAAAUAGUCAAGGAUCAAUAAAAUUUGAGAUCUUUGACUUAAUACACAAUUGAGGAUAGUUUUAAAGCUGACAUCAAUUUACAAUAAAGUUAUCAUGCAUAAAAAAAACCUAUCCUAAAACAAGUAGAUAAUAAGUUUAAAGAAGAUGAGAAAUAAUCUCAAAUAGUCGAUAAAUUAUAAAAUAGUAUAGAAAUUCAGGGUCAGAGAAAAAAUUAUAAAUUGAGAAAUUCUUAAUAUGCUCCAGAAAAUAGAAAAUUUGAAGAUGGAAGUUGUAGUAAUAAUACUGAACACGUUAAACAAAGCAAUUAUUCAAUCAAAAAGCUAAACAACAAAUCUAUUGAACGUUUAACUCUAAAACCUAUAGAUUAUUUCCAGGUGUGCUCUGGUGAUAAAAAGUUGUAAUAAAAUGAAUAAUUCACUUUCCCAAAAAAACAAAAGAGGUAUCAAACUCAAGAGAAAGAGGAAUUAGCACUGAAUGAUAUAUUAAAAUUGAAAAAAUAAAGUAAUUAAAGUGUGAGGAAUGCUUUGUUAUUACUAACCUGUGCACGUUCAGAAUAGCUUUUAACUUCAUUGAUAGCUAGUGGAACAAUUAAACAUUAAUAAUAUCAGUCUUUCUUAUAACCAAUUAAGAUAUAUUCUAAAGCUAAAUAUCUGACUCCAAAGUGA